UUUUUUUGUAGACAUGGUCAGGUAAAUUUUCUGAUGUAGCUCUUACUGAUCAAAGUCGAUCAAUAUUUGCUACUUCAUGUGUUGAAUUUGUUAAGAAAUAUGGUUUUGAUGGUGUUGAUUUAGAUUGGGAAUAUCCUGUUUCUGGUGGUUUACCAGGUAAUAGUCGUCGUCCAGAAGAUAAACAAAAUUAUGUUCUUUUAUUAAAAGAACUUCGUAAUAAACUUAAUACCAUAUCUGAUAAGAAAUAUUUAUUAACUGUAGCAAGUGGAGCAGGUACUGAACGUAUUGCUGAUAUGGAUUUAUCUGGUAUGUCUGUAUAUGUUGAUUGGUUCAAUGUUAUGACUUAUGAUUUUCAUGGUGGUUGGGAAGCAAAAACAGGUCAUAAUGCUCCAUUAUAUAAAAAUAAUGAUGAAACAACAAGUGAUGUUGCUCCAUCAUUUAUUAAAUCAAAAUAUAAUUGUGAUGCAGCAAUUAAAGCUUAUAUUACAGGUGGAGCACCUUCUACAAAAAUUCUUAUGGGUUUAUCAUUAUAUGGACGUGGUUGGCAAGGAGUAACAAACACAGCUCUUAAUGGAUUUUCUCAAAUAGCAUCAAGUCAACUUCCAACUGGUACUUGGGAAAAUGGUAUUUAUGAUUAUGAUCAUUUGAAAAAAUCUUUUAUUUCAUCAAAUAAACGUUAUUGGGAUGAUCAAUCAAAAGUACCUUUUCUUUUUAAUCCAUCAACUGGUCUUUGGAUUACUUAUGAUGAUGUUGAAUCAAUUAAUAUUAAAAAUAAUUAUAUUAAACAAAGUAAUUUAGCUGGUGCUUUUUUCUGGGAAUUAAGUGGUGAUCGACAAGCUGAAUUAAUUAGUGCAACAUUUAAUUCAUUAAAUAAUGGUGUUCAACCAUCACUAACAACUAGUGCAUCAUCAACUAUAAUAACAAAUAAACCAUCAUCAACUGUAACAACAAAUAAACCAUCAUCAACUAUAAUAACAAAUAAACUAUCAUCAACUAAUCCUUCUGUUACUAAAAAUGUUAUGACAACAAGUGGAUCAUCUAAUCAAGGCAAUACUUCAAAAUGGGAAGCUUAUCAUUCAUAUUUGGUUAAUGAUCAAGUAACAUAUAAAGGAAUAAGAUAUCAAUGUAGACAAGCUCAUACAUCAUUACCAGAUUGGAUGCCACCUGUUGUACCAGCACUUUGGUUACAGAUCUAA